AUGGACGCUGAUGUUGUCGAAAUUCCUCCUCCAAUUUUCAAACAGACUCGUAGGUUCAAAAAGCAGAAACAGUCCAUUGUCCAUGAUGUGAUUGACAUUGUCGAUGAUAAUGAGAAUGACGAUGAUGAUUUGAUGAUACUUGGUGAAAUAACUCAUAAACAUAAAAAGGGGAAGGCACCUCAAGCCCUUCACGAGGGUUAUGGUGAUAAUCAUCAACUUGCGCCUGGCAUGGAAAAAAGUGGAACAGUUAGUGGGAUUGAGUCUUCUAAUCCUUUUAGUGAAUAUAUAGAUGUAGACGAGUAUGCCUUAUUACAGGCACAAUUUGAUAAUGUGGAUCUACCAACUGGAAUCGAGGCGCCUUUUACAUUGGGAGUAGAGUCAUCAUCUAAGUCUCGGCGGUUUAUCAAAUCUGUCCGAAGUAAAGGGAAGUCUGCUUUUUUUGAAUCAAAGCAGCAUGGUUUGGCUGGCAAUCCAGAUGCGAUGAAGACGCCACAUUUUGGGCAAUUUGAAAGUGCUAAGCAGGGAGCUGGCAGUAGCAGUUCAUUCUAUUCAAAUUUUGUUGGACAGGAAGGAUCAGUGCAUCCUUUUGGAGUAGAAUCAGGAUACCUUUGGUCGAAGAGUCCUUAUAGUUUCAGUGCCACUCCCGAGCAUGUGCAUGGUUCCACUAGUACUCUCAAAUCUGCAAGAGAUGUACAUAAUGGAGCAGCUGAUGUUCUGCCACACGUGGCAAUAAUUGAUAAAGCUGAAAAUGAAACUCUGAGGAAACUUCGAAGUUUUAAGCAAUUUGAUACUGUCAUUGACUCUUCGGAUCAUCAUUUUAUUAAUCAUAAUUCCUCCACAAAGCAGAAUCCAAAGAGUUGGGCUAAAAAAAUCCAGGAAGAGUGGAAGAUUUUAGAGAAGGAUUUGCCGGAUACAAUAUUUGUGAGAGUCUACGAAUCAAGGAUGGAUCUCAUGAGGGCUGUGAUUAUUGGAGCAGAAGGGACUCCUUACCACAAUGGUCUUUUCUUUUUUGAUAUUUUCUUUUCCAGUGACUAUCCCAAUGUACCCCCGAAAGUCCAUUACCACUCUGGAGGUCUUAGGCUCAACCCAAAUUUGUAUCACUCUGGCAAAGUAUGUCUCAGUCUACUCAACACCUGGCCUGGCAACCCAAAAGAGAUGUGGACUAAAGGUGUUUCAACAAUGCUACAAGUUCUAGUCUCCAUACAAGGGCUAAUCUUGAACACACAGCCUUACUUCAAUGAACCUGGAUAUGAAUCUACGAAAGGCACGACAAACGGUGAAAAGCAUGCCCAGCAGUAUAACGAAAAUACAUUCAUUCUUUCGUUAAGGACAAUGAUGUAUACGAUAAGAAAGCCUCCAAAGAAUUUUGAAGACUUAGUUGCUGGACAUUUCUACAGCCGGGCGCGUGAUAUUCUGGCGUCAUGUAUAGCAUACAAAAAAGGUGUUCAAGUUGGUUGUUUGGUCAAAGGUGGGGUUCAAGAUGUUAAUGGGAGUAAAGGAAAUCAAUCCUCGGCUCAUUUUAUAUCUGGUUUAGCUGGAUGCGUGCCUUCUCUUAUCAAAGAGUUCGAAAAUGUUGGAGUCCUUAAGUCUGGUUUAGUUGAACUUAUCGAAGAGUUUGAAAAUGUUGGAGUUAAGGACCGCGAGAAAAUCACGUCUUGGGUACGACGCAGUACCACCAGCAAAAAGUGA